UGCGUAGCACAGGAAAACAGAACGCUGGAUGCCCAGUACAUCGUGGGCAACGAUGCCACCAUUCAUCUCGACAAUAAGGGAUCGAUAGUCCUUGCAGACGCUGAGAUCCCUACGGUCGGCGAGUUGCACAACAGCCCCAACGAAGAAGAGCGAAGGACCCUUCGAAGAGUUGCCGGGAAGCUUCCCACUGUCGCAUACCUGAUCUGUGCUGUAGAAUUUGCCGAGAGGUCCUCCUAUUAUGGAGUCCAGCCACUUUUCAGCAACUACGUGAACCGACCGAUGCCUGCAGGUGGAAAUGGAUGGGGAGCCCCCCCGCGAGGAACAGAGAGUACUGCUGGAGCAUUGGGAGAGGGUACAGUGAAAGCAACUGCUGUUUCACAAUCUUUCUCCAUGCUGGCAUAUGCCCUUCCUCUUUUCGCUGGCUAUAUUUCAGAUACCAGGACUGGACGCUUCAGGAUGAUUUGUGCUGGUGUCGGUGUCUGCGGUCUGGCACAUGUGAUCAUGAUGGCAUCGGGCGCAAAGACUCUUCUCGCUAAUGGUGAUGCUAAGAUUCCGUUCUUGAUCAGUGUAUACAUUUUGGCAAUUGGCGCUGCCAUGUUCAAGCCUAAUAUCUCUCCCACCCUUCUGGAUCAAAUGAAGAGCACGAAACUCGAGGUUCAAACCUUGAAGACUGGUGAAAAAGUCAUCAUUGACCCUGAGCACACAACUGAGAGAGUCAUGCUUUGGUUUUAUCUUCUCAUCAAUGUUGGAGGAUUCAUGAAUGUUCCCACAUCCUAUACCGCCAAAUACGUCGGGUGGUGGCUCAGUUUCGGGAUACCCUUGAUCCUUUAUCUCCCACUCCCAUUCUUGCUUUGGUUCCUCAAGAAGAAGCUCGUUCUCUACCCCCCAGGUGGAAGUGAUCUCGGCAACAUUGUGCGUAUUCUUGGAAUCUGCUUCAGGCGUGGAGGGUGGAAAUCAAUUGGCCGUGGUGGCUUCUUCGAUCCCGCCCGACCUUCAGUAAUUGCCACAUCCGGCAACCCAAUCGAUGUUCCAUGGAACGACGCAUUUAUUGAGGAUGUCCGUCGAGCAUUCCAAGCUACUGGAAUCUUCUUAUUCUUCCCCAUCCAAAGCAUCAACGAUCAAGGUCUCGGUAACUCGGCCAGCGCGUUGAGCACAAUGCUUUCCACCAAGGGCGUCCCCAACGAUGUCAUCAGCAACUUCAACUCCCUCUCCAUCAUAUGCAUGGCUCCCGUCCUCAACUUCGGUCUAUAUCCUCUUCUCCGCAAAUGGAAGAUCCACUUUGGAUCCAUUUCACGAAUGACCGUUGGCUUUCUCAUGGCCGCUUGUGGCGGCGCUGGAUACACCCUUUUGAACUGGUACGCCUAUAAGGAUGGUCCCUGUGGACAUUAUGGAAGUAGUUCAACCUGUGUGGAUGCCGAUGGGAAUGCUCUCACGGCCAAUAUCUCGAUCUGGUGGAUGGCUAUUCCCUAUGCACUGGGCGGUAUUUCGGAACUCUUCGUCAACGUCCCAGCAUACGGCAUUGCAUACUCGCGCGCGCCACAAAACAUGCGUGGCUUGGUUUCGGCCAUCAACUUGUUCAUGGCAGCAAUUUCAUAUGCCGUUGGUCUCGCAUGUUCCGCUCUCGUCAAGGAUCCAUAUCUGACGUGGGAUUUCGGCGCGCCAACCAUCAUCGGUCUCGUUUCGGCCAUUGUCUUUUACUGGAUUUACAGAGAUAUCGAUCACGAAGAGUACAUUCUUACUCAGAACAUUGAUUAUGAAGUCAAGGUGUUGGAGGAGAAAUUGGCCAGAGAGAAUCGACAAGAACGAGACUUGGCGAACGGCAGCAGCGUCGGUAGUGAGAAAGGCGACAUUACUCAUGCGCAUCCUAAGGAGGAUUUUGGCGGUGAGAAAAACGGCAUUCCUGAGAUAAAGGAAGGAUGA